AUGUAUAUCAAUCUUAUACAAUUUCCCUCUAGAUACAAGAGGUUGGCAUUAUAUUGGCGUCGGUCAAUGUCACUCAAAUACCAAACGACAAAUUACGGUUUACUUGGUCAUUUUUAUUCUUCAAUGAUCAUCUUCAUUCAACACCAGUUCCAACUACUCCCUGUUGAAUUGGGUAGAUAUUGUGUAAUUGUUUCGACCAAUUACAACUCUACAUCUGGUAGUUCAAUAGUUGGUUGUGAAUUGGAUAACAGUCAAUUAAAUACUGCAACCUAUACUUUUAGAGUAUCAAAUCCUUUUAAUCAAGAAACAUUUAUUGUUCCUUUUAAAUAUUAUCCUCGAUUAGUAUCAGGACAAGUUGAUUCAACAAAUCAAAGAUUAAUUUAUUUGUUUGGUGAUUUUGGUCAAAAUCAUUCUUUGGCAACUAUUACAAUCAACGAUAAAAUAGCAUGUAGCGUUACAUCAUCAACUGUCGAUGCUAUUAAUUGUACAUUGUCAGAGAGUGCUAGUUAUGGUCCUGCUAAUGUUAGUAUCGUAGUUGAUGGUAAGCCAUUUAUGGCUAAAGAGUUUUUAUAUUUCAUAUCUCCACCAAAUAAUAAUGGUUCAACUACAACAACGACAGGUGGAGGAGGAACAACACCACAAACACAAUGUCAAGAAUCAACAUCAAAUUGUUUUGGACAUGGAUUAUGUGAUGUUAAUGGCCGUUGUCAAUGUGAUAGUGAUUAUAAUCCAAUUGAUAAUUGUUUGACUAAAUUCACCAACUCAACACCUAUUACAAAUACAACAGCACCAACAUCAUCAUUUGAAGUGGAUGGAACAAGAUUUGAUUUUGAAUUGGUUGCUAUUCAAGAAUUGGAUAAUGAAGGUAUUGUCAUUGCAGAAUUACUGACAAACAGUUGGAAUGCAACUAUCAACAAUGAUACUACAACAACUCUAGUCAACUAUCAACUUGUCAAUAUUAGUAAUGCACUAUACAUUGAUACGAUAGUUCAAGCAAUGAUAUCAUUCUCAACACAACCAAGAGAUAUCCAAUUUGGAGAUCAACUACUUCACAUCGAUCCAAACUCAAUCAAACUGGCAUUGAAUAUCACCAAUUGGCAAUACAGCAAUCUAAUAUCAACACUUCGAGUUGUAUUUAGAACCGAUGUCAAUAUGAACCAAACGAUUGAAUAUGAUUGCAAACAACAACCGAUAUCAACAUUCUCAUACGAUCAACUAUCAUCAACCAUUCAAUAUCUCAGAGUAAUCAAAGAUAAUAUCCAAUACAACGGUCGAUUCAUCGAUUAUGUAUUAUCAGAUGGAAGACCAACAUUCUCCAAAACAACAUUGAUCAACCAAACAACCAGUCAAUCAUCACCAUCACCAACAACAAUCAUGUCAACAUUGAUUGGAGUAUCACUACCUCAAUGUCAAUCAUGUUUACUCGACCCAGAUUUCACACCACUUUUAAUCGACAAUACUGAAUCACAAUACUUUGUUGGUGGUACUGCCUUGGUAGCAGUCAUAGUUGGAUUAGCGAUCUAUCUCAAAAAAUCCAACUUUAAAUACUCUAAACCAAUGAUAUUUAUGAAAGCUCUUAAAAACAAGGUAUAA